CACAGUUGUUGUGAGCCACUUUAUUGUUAAUAGGCAGCAGCAUUAUUAUCAUAAGAAGAAAGAGACAAGUACCAGACUACCAGUUCAAACAUUUUAUUGGAGAUACCUAGGAAUUGGUGGAAGCUGCUCAAGCAGCAGAGAUGGAUGCAUACAUGGAAGUUGAUGCUGAAGAUGAUGGCAAUGCCAUAGAGAUGGGUCUCUCAUAUGAGGAAACUCAACAAACUACCAUCAACGAUGUGCACAAUGAUAUGGAGUAUUUUGUGACUGAAGCUAUACAUGACACAGAUUCUGAAGAUGAGGAUGGUAAUACAGUGAACAGACCACGAGGAAAGAACAAGCCAAAUUGGGGAAGAAGAGGUUCUCUUGAGAUCAUGAAAUUUAACAAUCAUGGUCAAGCAGUGGAACCAGAACUAACAGUUGCAAGGUGGCAACGUCAUUUGGGUCAAAUGGUGAAAGACCACACUCUUUUUGGUCUAGAUGUUUUGGACUGGCGCGAGUUUAGGAAAAGCAAAGUUCUAGAUGAGGCUUGGUCCAGGAUAAAGAGAACCAUUGAUUGGUCUGAUCCGGAUACUAGAAAGAAAAUCAGGAAGAUACGAUAUACAACGGAGAGAAAAUUGAAUGAUCGCUGGAAGCACUACAAAGCAACACUUCGACAGGUUUGGUAUGCUCCAAACUGGAGAACUGAGGAGCGUUUCCAUUGUGGUGAUAAAAGGGUAAACAAUACUCAAUGGGCCAAACUCGUUAACUAUUGGGAGACGCCAAAGGGACAGCGCCGAACAAUUGCAAACAAGGGCAAUCGUGCAAAGAAACGAAUGAACCACACAACAGGAACAAGAACGUUUGCUCAAGUGAGGAACCAAUAUAAGAGAGAACAUGAAGGUCUGGAACCUAAUAGAUGCACCUUGUUUGAGCUAACCCACACACGAUCCAAUGGGAAGCCUGUGGAUAAAGAGUCAGAGAAAGCAAUGAUGGAUAUGAGGCAGAAGAUCAGUGGCAUCAAAGAUGCUAAAAGAGCAAAUCAGCUUCCUGAAACCAUUAGUAACAUUGAGAUAAGUGAAGUGUAUGCUUCUGUGCUUGGAAAGGAGAAAUAUGGAGUAGUUAGAGGAUUUGGGUUAGGAGUCCGACUUCAUGAUGUCCCUGUGAUGUGUUGGUGGAAAACGGAAGUGCUCAAUUAUUGCAGGUUCAAGCACUGAGAGAAGAACAUGAGAAGGAAUUGGAUUGCAUUAGGAAAGAGAGCCAAGAGAGAGAAGAUAAGCUAAGAGAGGAUAUGAAUAAGCAAGCGAUGACGACAACCGAUAAAAUGAAACAACUGGAGAUGCAAUUGCAGAAGCAACAAGCUAUGUUUGAAAGGUUACUCACUGCAGGGUUAUCUCCUAAUAAUAUUAUCCCAAUGUGUGGUCCAACAAAUCUGAGUUUUCCAUCUGGAAUAGGGACAUACAGCAGCUCCCUCCCAACAUCAAGUGUUGAGGAAAUUGAAACACCUCUUGUGCCAAUCCCUCCUUCCACUGUGCAGCAAAACAUGCAAAGCUUGGAUGAGGUUUAUAGGCCACAGCUUCCUACAGCAGUAGCUACUAUGUUGUGAAUCCUCAUAAGUUGGUUAGAAUUUCUCAAGUUUAUGCAUUUCUCUUUUAUGUUUUGUUGGUGCUGAUAUAGCUUGCUGAAAUGGGAAGUAUUGGUGAUGCUGAAGUAAAAGAGAAAUGCAUAUGUUUUGUGAAGGAAUUGUGAUCAAGUUCAUUUUGUUUCUACUUGAGAUCAACAUAGGAAGGUUGUAUAUUAGCAUGGAUGCUCUGUAAUGCAGGUUUAAGCAGGUUGAACGUACAAUGACUAUUUGUAAUUGAUGUAUAUGCUGUAAACUUGGGCACGUUGCUAUAUAUCUAUCAACUUGUUUCUUGCACGA